AUGAAUUAUUUGACAUUAAUUACCAUCUUUGUAUCUAUUGUUCUUUUAUGUGAAUAUAAAAUAAAAUGUUUAUAUGCAAAAGAAGAAACAUUAAAGGGAAAUUUAAAAAUAUUAUCUGGAAAUAUAAAUGAAAAUAUAACAUUAAAAUGUGAGCACGGUGAAUUUAUUCAUAUUUUAGAUGCUAGUUAUGGAAACCCUAACAUUGAUAAUUUCUUAAUAAAAAAAAAUUCACUCGAUGCACCACACACCUUGCCUGUUGUUCAAAUGCUUUGUGAAGGAAAAGAAAUUUGUGAUAUAAACGUAACUAAUGAUACAUUCAGAAUAUUGUCUAUUAUAAAAGAUUUCCACAGACUCAUAAUAAAAUAUUCUUGCGUUUCAUUGAAGCCUAAACAAAUUCCAUCAUACAACAUAAAGGCAAAAAGAGGGGAUAAUAAAAUUUGGAAUGUCGAAUUUCAAGGAGAAGAAUUAAAUAAAAAUCUAUAUCUUCAUGUGAAUAAUAUAAAUGCAAUAUGUGAUACUCCAUUGCUCAAAAAAAAAUACGUGGACAUAGAUGAAGCAAAAUUUGAGUGUAACAACAUAAGUAAUUGUGUGUAUAUAAUUUUUAACAAUGAUGGAUAUACAUUGUGUGAAUCUUCUUCUUACAAAAAUGCGAUCGUUCAAAAAAACUCCAAAAUAUAUAUUAAAAUGUCUUAUAUUAAUGGGAACAUACCUGACAAUUAUGAAGUAGUUCCUAAUGUACAAGGAGUUUGUGAGAAAAAUGAGAUUAUUUAUGAAAUGGACUCAGUACUACGUGUAGACGAUGUUUAUGAAAAAUGUAAAGAGAUAAAUUGCGACUAUUUUACGUUAUCCACAGCUAACGGGUUUGAAGACAAUUUUUCCCAUUACAAAAAAAAAUAUGAACAUGUCAUAAUUUUUUAUUUUAUUUUUUUUUUUCAUUUUUUUUUUUUUUUUUUGGCUAUAAGUUUAAAAGGGGUUUCAAGAAAUUUCCGUAACCAUGCCUGGUUUUGCAAAGGUUUUCCAAAAUACGUUUCACAUGAGGGAUUUAUUUUUGGGAAAAACAAUAUGAAUUCAAAAAAUCCGAAGCACAGAAUAUUCCCUAUUGGUUUUGAAGGAGCUCUAAUAUAA